UAUUAGGGUAACUGAUCCAACGAUUCAAUGGACAACUAUGGAGCUUCUUCUGGAUCUGCUGUGUUUGUGUCUUCUGGGUUUGACCGGAAAAACACUUUGUGAUGAAAACGAGCCAGAAGUCAGAAUGAUUGUGGAAGGAGGGAGGGAUGUUGUGUUACCCUGCUCCCUCAGCACCAAGGAGAACAUUGCUUCAAAAGUGUUUGACUGGAAGAAAGUUGCUCAGAAAGAUGAAAAUCGGAAGGAGGUGUUCAUGUAUGACACAGGCUUUCAUUACGACUACGGUCGGAAAGAAGUCUCAUAUUUUCCAGAAGAACUGAAACACGGCAACGCCUCCAUAAUGAUCAGAAAUACGAAGGUGACUGACAGUGGAGUCUACACCUGUGAUUUUCCAAAUCUUCAGCCACGUGAAAUAUACACCAUUAAGCUUGUUGUUGAUCACGUCUUAAAAGACAGAUCAGAGGAAAACAUCCCAGGUACAGCUUCAAAACCAUCUGUCACAACACUUGAUCAACAGGUGCUGCAGUGUGAAGUUCAUGGCAAUCCAAAACCUAAAGUAGAGCUGCAGGACAGUGAUGGAAACAUCCUUAAUACUACAGUAAAACAGGACUCAGAAAGAGAAGGCAGCUUCUACAUCACCCUCCAAACUACUGUGACCAAGACCGGCACCUAUCGCUGUAUAGCCACACAGGAGGAAAUCAGACAUCAGAUUUAUGCAGAGACCUCUGUGCAUAUCAGUGGGUUCUCCACUGGAUGGAUUGCUGCUGCAGUUAUUGGUGUUCUUUUUCUUGUUGCUGGUGUUAUUCUAGCUGUGCUUUUAUACAGGUGUAAAAAAGAGCCAAAAGUGAUCAAAGUGGAAGAAGACAAUGAUGUUACUUUACCCUCUUCACUCAUCACCAAGGAGGACAUUCGGUCGAAACGUUUCAUCUGGCACACAAAUUAUGAUGAUCAGGAGGUGUUCCUGUAUGAUAAAGAGCCAAAACUCAUCACAGUGGAAGAAGGCAGUGAUGUUACUUUACCCUGUUCCCUCAGCACCAAGGAGAACCUUCGGUUAACACAGUUCAUCUGGAUUAAAACUGAUGAUGAUCAGGUGUUCCUGUAUGAUAACGGUCAUCUUUACAGUGAUGAGCGUCCAGGUCAGAGUGAGCAGUUCAAAGAUCGAGUCUCACAUUUUCCAGAUGAACUGGAACAAGGCAACGCCUCCAUAACCAUCAGAAAUACGACGAGGGCUGACAGUGGAGACUACAGUUGUAUUAUUCAAUCAAUUCAGAAACAUCAAAUAUUCUAUAUUAAGCUUGUUGUUGGUCCAAAACUCAUCACAGUGGAGGAAGGCAGUGAUGUUACUUUACCCUGUUCCCUCAGCACCAAGGAGGACAUUCAGUCAACACGGUUUAUCUGGGAGAAAGUUUCUCAGACAACUGAUGAUGAUCAGGUGUUCCUGUAUGAUAAAGGUGAUCUUUACAGUGACAAGCGUCCAGGUCAGAGUGAGCAGUUCAAAGGUCGAGUCUCACAUUUUCCAGAUAAACUGGAACAAGGCAACGUCUCCAUAAUCAUCAGAAAUACGACGACGGCUGACAGUGGAGAAUACAGAUGUAUUGUUCAAUCACUUCAGAAACCUCAAGAAUUCUACAUUGGGCUUGUUGUAGAACCUAAAGUCAUCAAAGUGGAACAUGGCGAUGAUGUUACUUUACCCUGUUCCCUCUGGCCCAAGGACAUUCAGUCCACAUGGUUUGAAUGGGAAAAAUGUGAUGAUGAUGAUCAGAAGGUGUUCCUGUAUGAUUAUGGUGAUCUUUACAGUGACGAGCGUCCAGGUCAGAGUGAAAAGUUCAAAGGUCGAGUCUCACAUUUUCCAAAAGAACUGGAACAAGGCAACGCCUCCAUAACCAUCAGAAAUAUGACGUGGGCUGACAGUGGAGUCUACAGAUGUCUUUAUGUAGAUUGUCAGAAUACUCAACAAUUCUACAUUGGGCUUGUUGUUGUUGAGCCAAAAGUCAUCACAGUGGAAGAAGACGGUGAUGUUACUUUACCCUGUUCCCUCAUCACCAAGGAGGACCUUCGGUCAACACGGUUUAUCUGGAAGAAAGUUUCCCAGAGAACUGAUGAUGUUCAGAUGGUGUUCCUGUAUGAUAAUGGUGAUCUUUACAGUGACGAGCGUCCAGGUCAGAGUGAGCAGUUCAAAGGUCGAGUCUCACAUUUUCCAGAUAAACUGGAACAAGGCGACGCCUCCAUAAUCAUCAGAAAUACGACGAGGGCUGACAGUGGAGAAUACGAAUGUUAUGUUUCAUUCAAUAUGACACGUAAAAUAUUCUACAUUAAGCUUGAUGUUGUUGCUUCAACUCCAGAGCCAGAUGAACUUCAUCCAUUAAUGAUGAAAUGAGGCUUUGAUAAUGUCUGUGUUGCUGGAAACAUUUAUUCUGUCUUCAGUUAUUUUUUGCUUGUGUUAUGUCACAAUGUAUAGGGUCAUUGGUUUAGUCUUGCAGUUCUAGUAGAUUGUGUUACUGUUUGUAAGACUUGUACAGUAUUCCUGUUCCAGAGGUGUGUAGAGCAGAGAGGACCAGAUCAACAUGAUGAUGCUCUUAUAAGUCUUGUAUUUUUGUAUUCAGACCAAAUUACAAAGUUUGCUGUGAUGAUGUGGAGUGUGAAAUAUUAUG